UUGUGUGAGGUGGAUUUGGGGCUGCGUGCUGCUCUGCGCGUGGCCGUCUAGCUCUGUCUGAGGCGCGUGAAUGCACGAGUACAUAGGCAUUAUCUUCAUUUCGAGUUUCAUCGGCAAUUUACAGAAUGCGGAGGUGAAAACGAACGGUCUCGCCGAUCGAGGCACAAAUCCUUUACGGUAUAUGCUGGUAUUACACCAGUUAGUAUUAUUUUUCUUAUCUGAAAGCCGGUUCUGGCCGAGAAUCACGCAUGCAUUCAAACAGAGGAUUAUCGCGGAGGAACUGCCUUGAAACCAUGAGCUGCAGUUGGGGGACGGAGCUGUGGGAUCAGUUUGAUAAUUUAGAGAAACACACUCAGUGGGGCAUUGAGUUUUUGGAACGCUACACCAAGUUUGUGAAGGAACGGUCUGAAAUUGAACUGAGCUAUGCUAAACAGAUCAGGAAUCUGUCCAAGAAGUAUCAGCUCAAGAAGAAUUCUAAAGAUGAGGAGGAAUUCAAGUACACCACAUGUAGAGCAUUUCUAAUGACUUUAAAUGAGCUGAACGACUACGCGGGUCAACACGAGGUCAUCGCUGAAAACCUGUCCACUCAGAUAAUCACAGAGUUGAGCCGCUACACUCAAGAACUGAAGGCUGAACGGAAAUCGCAUUUCCAUGAUGGCCGCAGAGCGCAACAACACAUUGAGAAUUCCUGGAAGCAGCUGGAAUCGAGUAAGAGAAGAUUUGAGCGAGACUGUAAGGAAGCGGAUCGCGCUCAGCAUUACUUUGACAAGAUGGAUGCCGACAUUAACGUGACUAAAGCAGAUGUGGAAAAGGCGAAACAGCAAGCUCAGAUGAGGCAUCAGAUAGCAGAGGACAGUAAAAACGAGUACCUGACUUACCUGCAGAAGUUCAACAAGGACCAACAUGAGCACUACUACACGCUUAUACCACAUAUCUUUCAGAGGAUACAGGAGAUGGAGGAGAGGCGGGUGGGCAGGGUGAGGGAGAGCAUGCGGGUGUACACUGAGGUCGAGCGUAAAGUAUUGCCCAUCGUCAGCAAGUGUCUGGACGGCAUGACCAAGGCAGCUGAAUCCAUCGAGCCUAAAAUGGACAGUAAGCAAGUUGUAGAAUCAUACAAGUCGGGCUUUGAGCCGCCGGGUGAUGUGGAGUUUGAGGACUACAGCGUGUCGAUGAAGAGGGCGGUGUCAGAAUCUAGCUUCCUGAACGCUCGCGGAGAGAGCAGACGCCGGAGCAGGAGCAAACUGUGGCCUUUACUCAAGAGAAAUAAGCUUAUGUCUUUGUUAGCGUCGCGCCAGCCCCCUCCCCCUCCCCCCACUUCCCCGUCCCCGGACGGCCUCCCCAACGGCCCCCAGUCCCCGCAGCAGCCCAAGGAGCCCCUCAGCCAGCGCCUCAAUGACUUCAUGGGCACCAAACACAAAAUGCACUGCCUGCGGAGCCUGAAACGUGGGCUUUCUCUAAAGCUGGGAACAGGCCAGGAGGACUACAGUCAUCUGCCCCCUGAGCAGAGGAGGAAGAAACUACAAGCCAAGCUCAAUGACAUUAACAAGGAUAUCCAGAAAGAGAUGGAUCAGAGGGAUGCCCUGACUAAAAUGAAAGAUGUUUACAUAAAGAAUCCUCACUUGGGGGAUCCAGACAGUAUAGAUCCACGGUUAGAAGAAAUCACACAAGGCUUGGAAAAAUUGCAGCUUGAGGCACAUAAAUUUGAGGGCUGGUUGACGGAGGUGGAGAGGAAGUUACUUGAAAAGGGAUCCGAGUCUCAGAGAAGACAGAGCAGUCAUUUUGACUCGCAGGGCAACACGCCUCUUACAAACAACUACGGUCAAAACCGAGAGAGUCCGGAUGGCAGCUACACAGAAGACCCCAGCACAGAGACAACAAUGCAGUUCAAAUCUCGCAGUACUGAGUUCGAUGACGAAUUUGACGACGAGGAGCCUUUACCCACCAUUGGAACAUGCAAAGCACUUUAUCCAUUUGAAGGUCAGAACGAAGGUACCAUAUCGAUGGCCGAAAGUGAGAUGUUGUACGUAAUCGAGGAGGAUAAGGGUGACGGUUGGACACGUGUCCGCAGAAAUGAGGAUGAAGAAGGAUACGUGCCCACAUCCUACAUCAAACUCUUUUUGGACACGAAUGCCAAAGGUGCUAUGACAUACAUAUAAUCCCACAUCACUGAACACCCGGAAAGCGUCUUUAGUGAACGCUGUUAAACUGUACAUACAGUAGAACAUCAUGAAAAUGUUCUCAUUGAACAGAGGAAGCAGACAGCCUCGCACUUCCUGUUUUUACAAGUUCAAGAUGCCAUGUGUCAUUUCUCUGUUUUGGUCCUUAUUUACAUUUUUAAUUAUUGUUCCCUUAGACCUUAUCAGUGCUAAACAAGUUCUGCAUCCAUAAGGGUACAGUGAAUUAGGCAAUAAAGACAGCUGCUGUAUAAUUUUGAUAUAUCUGAUGGAAAUGGCUGCUUUACCAACAUAUCAUGUUCAUAUUUAGCAUUAUAGCUUGGCAUUAUGGUGGUUUUCUGCUAUAACCAAGAUAUGUAGAUACUCAUGUUCAUAUUUUUAAUGAUCUACAAGCAAUGAAAUGAUUAGAAAAUGUCAAAAGCAAAUAUUCUGAAACCUUCUGGCAAUAAAAAGUAAUUACUUACUAAUAUUUUGACCUUAAAGCUACAGAAUAAGUAGCAAUCCUGCAUUUUAACUAUAGUCAAAAUGGGUUUUUAAUUAUAAUACAUUUUUUAAGACGUCGAAAUGUCUGACUUGAGAGAAUCUUUUGCAUGAGAGAUGGAAUAGAAUAUUUUCUCAGGUACGUUUACUUUGGUGUACAUCCUUGUACCUCAAAAAAUCCUGAAUAUACAGGAUUUUUUUUUUCUUUCCCCGACGGCAAAUCACAUUCAAUUUCAAUGCAUAUCAUUAAAUGUGAAGAGCUUAAGUAAUUAAUGCAUGCAUCUGUGAGACUUCUGCUAGCUUUGCAUUUACUGCUGUAAAAAAAGAUCAACUUUACACGUAAAAAAAAAUGUACUCAUGAACCCAUAGUUAACGCGAUGCCUUUCAGUAUAGUGAGCGUUGAAGCAAUAAUUCAAAAGAUGCAUGUUAUUCGUACACUGACCAGCAUGGAAAACUAACAGUUAACAUGAAGUUAAAUAAAAAUUUUCCAGGCGGUCGUCGCAGUGUGUAUUAGAAGUGCUUACAGCAGGAAUACCGCUCUAUGUGCAUGCUGUAAAACCAGACAGGCUACUUAUUGCUGCUUAACAGAUUGAUCAUUUGUCCAUAGCUUUAUCAGCAGCUGUUAAAUAUGCUCAAUAGUGUCGCAAGCUAAAUAUAUGAAGAAUUUUGUAUGGUUUUAUACUGUCCCUGUCUUUAAUUCACACUUCAUAGUGGGACUGCGCUCUGAUGUUGAGCUUCCGUGGUUUACUGAACAUUUUUAACCCAUUGCUGUCUGUGAAUCAACGAUUGUACUGGAGUUCUUGUGCAACAUCUCUAAUAUGUCUUGUGUGAUUUUUUUUUUAUUUGUUUCUUUUUUGCUUUUUGUUUCUGUUCCUUUCUUUGCAGAUCCCUAAAAGUGUUUGGCUGGCACAGGAGUGGCAGGGCAAGCGUCCUUGCGUGAAACGUCCUCCUCUUGUAACUGUAGUCAGAGAGCUGGCAAAUGGGGGACUAACUGAAAGGAUAUUCCAUUUUUAACACAACCACUUUCACUGAACCCUCUCGUCUGCCAUAAGAACGCAAACUGAUCUUUUUCAUGACUAGCGUGCUGAUUAUUUGCAAAAGCUUGCUUCUCGUAUGGACCUAGAGUAUUUAGCCUUGUGCCGUAGCUGCUUGCCGUCAGACCCGAGCCUUUAGGUUUGUUUGCUGAGGCACAGAGUAAGUGCCGUGUACAUGUCUUGUUAUUGCCUGGCUUGCUUCAGAGCCAAGAGGAGUUUCUCAUGAAGACAUUAGACUUAAUGAAUAUUUGUCAGUGCAGACUGUUCAGUUAUGUGAAAACUAUAAAAAUGUGGGGGAUAAAUGGGACUCAUUUUAUACAUCAUAGGCUAGCAUUGUUUUUUUCAGUUAUUAUUGCAGUGUUUGCAAGGCGGCAGUGUAUUUAAAUCCUGCUUUUUUCCUUUCGUUUUCACAUAGAUUAGUUCAUAGACAUGUAAGAUUAAGCGUUUUCCUAUUGUGCAUUCCUAUAUGUAUUUCCUAUUUAAGGGUGUGUUCACACUUGUCAUCUUUGGUUCGAUUAAAACCAAAACAAAAUGAGCAGAUGGCAAACGUGGAGCAACGAUGAGGUAAAGUGCCUUUUAUGAGCUCCUUGUGAGUUUUCAGGUGGUGAAAAUACACACAACAAUGAGCGUGCUUAAUCCAGCAGACGGCAUUAAGUGUGGUCGAUUUAAAGCGGCGCUGACCAGACCGAUCAGUUAAUGGGUGCUUUUAUAUCAUACACCCGUAUCGCCGCUUUAAUUCGAACACGCCUUUUGUUUGGGGUGUUCGGUAAAUUCCGUCACGAAAUAUACGUAAUUCAACCCGACCAAUUCACCAGGUUGUGAACGUAUCACUACGCCUUUAGGUUCGGUAUCUUUAGGUUCGCUGUCAAAAAUGCCAAUGUAAACGCUAAGCGGACCAGGACCAAAUGUAUCAUUUUCCUUUUUGGUCCGGACCAAAUGAACCAAACCAACCGAACUAUAAGUGUGAACACACCUUUCAUGGAUGGACAUAUCAAAAAGCUUGUCUUUUUGCAAUUGGGUACACUAUACUAUUCAAAAGUUUGGGGUUAGUAAGAUUAAAAAAAAAAAAUAAUACUUUAUUCAGCAAGCAUUAAAUCAUGCUUUAAAUUGAUCAAUAGUAACAGUAAUGACAAAAUAAUAAUGUUAAAAAAAAAAGAAUUUUUCUUAAUAAAUGUUCUUUUGAACUUUAGGGAAUCCUGAAAAAUGUACCAUUGUUUUCACACAAAAACAAAAAAAAACAUAUUAAGCAGCAAAAGCAGCAUGUUUUCAACAUGUUUCUUAAGCAGCAAAUCUGCAUAUUAGAUUAUUUCUGAAGGAUCAUGUGACAUUGAAGACUGGAGUAAUGAUGCUGAAAAUAUAGCUUUGCCAUCAGAUGAAUAAAUUACAUUUUAAAAUAUACAAAAUAAAAAAAACUUAUUUUAAACUGUAAUAAUAUUUCACACUAAUUACUGUUUUUAAUCAAAUAAUGCAUAAUCCUUGGAGAGCAUAUGAGACUUAUUUCAAAAACAUUUAAAAAAUCUUACAAACCCCAACUGACGAUAGAAUGUUUUUAAAAUAAAAAAACAGACAGUGUAUAUCAUUGUAAUAUUUGCAUACUAAAUUAUUUCUUUUCAAGCUAUAAUUUUACCUUAACACUUUUGCUGCCUUGCAAGCACUGGUAUUUCCGUCAGGAAAUGCAAAUCUAGUUAUUAUUAUUAACUUGAUGAUGAAUGCAUAAUCAUCCCCUACAUUUUGUGUGAGGUGCUGUUGUAGAUGAAUAGUUCUCUAUGGCAGGUGAAGCGGUAAGCAUCUUUUCUGGUUCUCUUACUCUUUCCUCCCAGAGAAGAAAGAAGUGACACCUCACUCACUCACUCACUCAUUCACACUUUCCUCCUGCGAUGUGCACACACACGCCACAGCUGCUCCCUUCUUCCUCUCGCUCUCUUUCUCACCUCCUCUUCCGUUUCUCUCACUGUCACUGUCUCAAACUCGCUCUUUUUGCCUCUUUUCUCUCAGGCAUCUUUUCUCUUGACCUUUUUUCUGUAUCUGUCCUGUUUUGACAGGCUGAAAUUAGUGUUUCACAGAUUCAUUUAAUCACAUCUGAAUCAAUUAUUUCCAGAAACUGUUUUUCAGCUAAUUUGGUAAGUCUAAUCUUAUCCGGAUAACAUCAUUUACAAUAUAUUAUUUCACAAAUACCCUAACUAUCCCAUUGCACCCCUUGCUAGACCUUUGUUAUAAAUGUACAUUUUUAGACAGCUUUGUAGCUAAAUAGUGUGCAAGCUGAUUCAAAUUAGUAAUAGUUGAUACUUGCAAGAAAAACCAUUGAAGAAAAGAAAACGCCACUCAUUUUCACUGCCAACAAAAAUGAUGUAGAAUUUAUUUGGAAUGAAUUUGCACUUAGAAAUUUCUAGUAAAUAUCACAAUUAAUUACAAAGAAUUACCACAUAUGGGAAUUUUUUUUAAGUAGAAAGACUGAAAUAAUUGAUUUUUUACAGGUUGUCUUUGCUUUUAGACCAGAGCACCCAUGCAAAGGACAAACUUUUUUUUUGGGUGGUGUUUUUUUUUUUUUCUUAAGGAAAUAAGUAAAGGAUUAAAAUGGAUUUAAGGGAAAAGAACAAGAACAAAGACCUUUUUGUAAUUCAUUUGAACUAUUUUGAACUAAUUGCAUUUUAAAAUACAAAUAUUAGUGAAUGUGUGCAUAAUAUGUUGAAAACAAAAUGGCAAAAUAUUUCUCGUCUUGCCACGUUAAGCUAUGAAUUACAUGUUUCGUCCAAUAUUCAAACCAAAAACAGUGAAAUUUGAAAGUCAGAUAAUCCUGCUUCACAGGAUAUUACUGUUGCUUGUUUUGCAUUUCUAUCAUAAAACAUAAAACAGUCAAGAUAUGAAAUAUUUAGCUACUUUCACCCAUAAAACUGAAGCGUCACACUGUAAUUCUCAUUCAGUAUCUGUGAAAGUAAAGCCUGCCUGCUUUGAUUAGAUUUUUUCAUCCUAACAACAAACUGAGCAGCAUCACUAUCAUAUAUUGGAGAGACAGUUUGGCCAAUUCUAAUUAUUAUCAAUGUCUAUGGCGAUUAUGGUUCUGCUGAAACACAGACAAACAUGAAAAAGUAUCACUAUUAUACUCUAUGAAAUGUCGAUCAGCCAAUCAGAUUAGAGGACUGCAACCAACUGUUGCAUAAUCAUAUAAUUGGAUUCCAUCAAAAUCAGUUCAUGAAAUCCCAAAUGCCCUCUAUUAAUAAAUUUAACUUAAUUGGCAUUUAGAAAAGUAUCUGAAUAGCCUCUUUCUCUCUCUUUUCCUUUCAUUCCUCUCUCUCUCUCUCUCUCUCGCGGUGGAUGUGGAUGUGGCUGUGUAUGGUGUAGCUGUAGUGGUGCAGUCCAGUAGAUGUUGAUGGUGGUCCUCAGCUGGUGCUGUGUUUCGACGCAUGCAUGCUUGCCCUGUCUCUGUGUGUGUGCCAGUCUUAGGGGGUCCAAUUCUCUAUAAAGUUCAAGUCUUCAGUUUCUGACGUUUGAACUUAAGCUUUUUGAAUUGUGUUUGUGCCUGUUUAUUUUUUCUUCUCUACAUUUAUCUUCUUGAGUGUUUUAUUUCUUUUGGAAAAUAUAUGCAUGGUCUUGUGUCUACACAUCCCCCCUAAGUUAUUCUUUUGAAUUGUUUACACUGUUUUAGAUUCUUUUGUUGAGUCUCUCUGAAUGAUUGCUAUCCAGGGUCCAAGAUUAACAAUCACCAAGGCCACAUGCAAGUAAAAAAAAAACUGGCUUUGGUGAGUAAAGGUUACAUAAUAAAUGGGUUGAGUCUAUAAAACGUGCUGGUUAUUUAUUUGUGAUUCAAAGACAAAUAAAUGCUUGAAUAUGUAACCCUAUUACUAAGAUUUCUCUUUUCUUCUAGUACUAUGUGUUUUAUAUUUCUUGUACCAAAAUAUAAGAAACCAAAUCAACUGGUCUUUGUAGUUUUUACAGUGACCCGCCCUUUCUGUCGACAUAAUAUGAGAAAGAAAGAAAAAAACUGCUUAAUAAUUCCACUGUCAUAGGAAUGAAAAUGCAUUUUGAAUAAAAAUAUCACAAAAUAGAUUUUGUUAGCGCAUAAGAAAUUGCUGUUAAUUUUGGACCCUGUGAAUAUCAUUCUGAUUUCAUUUUUGAUGUUAAACACAAGUAUUUACCUCAUUCAGGAUAGAUUUGGGCUGCUGUUCAAUAAUACAUUCUGAACGUGACGAAUAUUGUCAUAUCCAUUCAUGAAGAAACACUACUGCAGAGCUGAGAUGUCUGUGUUUUUCUGUAUAUUGUGCUUUUGAACUUGCUGGAUCCUUUCCUUCGAAGACCUCAUAAACAUAAAACUGCCAAAUCAAGUGUGAAAGGCUUGUGACUUUUUUGCAAAUGCUAACCAGUAUAGUAGAGAUCGAGUUGAGUUUUAUUUCAGUUCAAUUCAAAUCAUUCAUAUUGUAAAAGUCAAAAUUGUAUGUCUGUCAAACUGGGCAGUUUUUAUGUAGAAGUUUAACAAAUUAAAGGUCAUUUUAAAAUGGU